CUCUCUCUCUCUCUCUCUCUCUCUCUCUCUCUCUCUCGCAAUUAUGUGCUUCUCAUACUUGCUGAAACUAGCGGUCUGUCUUGUUGCGCUUCUCAUACAAACGAAUGAAGUUGUCUCUGAAGAUCAUCUGGCAUUACUGGCAAUCAAAUCCAAGAUUACAGACGACAGUCAAGGUUUUUUGAUAUCUUGGAAUGAUUCUCUUCCUUUUUGUGAAUGGCGAGGAGUGACAUGUGGUCGUCGCCACCAAAGAGUCACAAGCUUGAAUAUAUCCAACUGGGGUUUAGUAGGUACUUUAUCUCCUUAUGUUGGAAACCUCAGCUUCCUAAGGUAUAUUAUGUUUGCAAACAACCAACUUCAUGGAGGCAUCCCUCCUGAAAUAGGCCGCUUACAUAGAUUACGAGUAUUAUCCCUUGCUAACAAUUCAUUCACCGAAGAAAUCCCGGCUAACAUAUCAAGUUGCUCAAAACUGUGGUACUUGGACUUAUCUUUCAACAUGCUGUCUGGCAAAAUUCCAAACGUUUUUAGUUCUCUGGGGAUGAUCAAAGCGUUAGGAUUUGGCAAGAAUAACUUAACAGGUGGGAUUCCAGCAUCCAUUGGCAAUCUCACAUCUCUCGAGCAACUCUCUCUUUCGUAUUGUCCAUUAGGAGGGAGCAUUCCAGAUUCCUUCAAUCAGUUGAAAAACUUGCGAAAAUUAGGCCUUGGAGAAAUGGGCCUCGUUGGAGUCUUUCCAUCCUUCUUAUUUAACCUUUCCAAGUUACAACUUUUAAAUUUUCCAGAAAACCAACUUGUUGGCAGUCUACCCUCCAACUUAUGUGUGAGUCAACCCCAUCUCCAGAGACUAGAAUUCUCAUACAAUCAUUUCAAUGGAUACCUUCCAUCCUCAAUAUCAAACUGUUCGGAGCUGCGAAGCUUUGAUGUUUUGAGUAACAAUUUCAAGGGGGAAGUAGCUGCUGAUUUUGGAAAACUCCGAUAUCUUAGGUGGUUAACUCUUGGUGGAAGUGGAACUAAUGUCGGUCUUGGUGGCAUGAAACAUUUUGAUUCUUUGUCUAAUUGCAGUGAUUUGGAAGUAUUGCAAAUUGUGGAAGUGCAGAUAAGAAGGGUGCUACCGGAUUCACUUGGGAACUUGACGAAACUAAGGUACCUAAUGAUCGAAUCAAGCUAUAUCUCAGGAACCCUUCCUUCAUCUAUAGGCAAUUUGUUUAGCCUAAUUCUACUCUCUCUACCCGAAAAUAACUUCACAGGCAUGAUUCCUAAAAGCAUUGGCAAUCUUGGCAACGUGGGAGAACUAGAUCUAGAUGCUAACAGUUUCUCUGGGAUCAUUCCUCGAUCUAUAGGAAACAUGUCAUCUGUAACCAAAAUUACGUUAAGUAGAAACAAAUUGGAGGGUGCUAUACCCUCGACGAUUGGGGCAUGCAAAAGGUUGCUGCUUCUAUCACUUGACGGAAAUAACCUCAGAGGGAGUAUACCCAAGGAGCUAUUCCAAUUGUCUUCACUUUCAGUUGGUCUUGAUCUUAGCCAAAACAAUCUAUCCGGAGUGCUUCCACAAGAGAUUGAGCACCUGAAGAACUUGGGAAUACUUUAUUUGUCUGAAAAUCAUUUAUCGGGUGAACUUCCUGGUAGUUUAAGCAGCUGCAUCAGCCUUCAAGUCCUAGAUCUUUCCAGCAAUUUCUUUCACGGAUCGAUGCCGGAAAGGUUGAGCUCUCUGAAGGGCCUCGAAUAUGUUAACCUAUCACGAAAUAACUUUUCGGGACAUGUUCCAGCAUAUUUGCAACAGAUUGCUUUGAAGUAUCUAGAUGUUUCAUAUAAUGAUUUCGAGGGGGAGGUAUAUGUUAAGGGUGUCUUUGCCAACGCAAGUGCAAUAUCAGUCAUUGGGAACCAUAGACUUUGCGGGGGAAUACCUGAGCUUCACCUACCCAACUGCACAAAUAUUAGCAAUUACUACCAAAAAAGCAAAAAACUUUCUCUUGGUGUUAUUCUAGCGAUUUCAGUACCAUCUUCCGUCGUUGCAAGUCUAGCUCUGGUGUCAUUUCUCCUGUUGUAUUUUUGUAAGAAGAAAACGUCAGAAUCAGAAUCAGUAGUGACUGAAUCUUUUGACAAGAUUUCAUAUGAAAGGCUUUUCAAAGCAACCCAAGGGUUCUCUUUGGAAAAUCUGAUUGGUACAGGUAGCUUCGGUUCGGUUUACAGAGGAGUUGUUGAUGAAGAUGAACAUGGCAUUGGCCCCACUGUGGCCAUCAAAGUAAUAAACCUCCAACGAAGAGGAAGUUCCAAGAGUUUUGUAGCCGAGUGUGAGGCCUUGAGAAAUAUUCGUCAUCGUAACCUCGUGAAGGUCAUAACUAUUUGCUCAAGUCUCGAUUUCCAUGGCAAUGAUUUCAAAGCUUUAAUAUAUGAUUUCAUGCCAAAUGGGAGUCUCGAGAGUUGGUUGCAUCCUCAUGAUCAUCAACUAGACUUGUCUCAAAGAAUAAGCAUUGCCAAAGACGUUGCUUAUGCUCUUGAUUAUCUACAUUACCACUGUGGAAACACUGUUGUGCAUUGUGAUUUGAAGCCGAGCAAUAUUUUAUUGGAUGCUGAUAUGGUUGCUCAUGUUGGAGACUUUGGACUGGCGAAAAUUCUUUCACUUGAACAACUUUCCAAUCCACACAAGACUAGUAGCUCAAGCAUUAUGAGAGGAACUAUUGGGUAUGCACCUCCAGAAUAUGGAGUUGGAAAUGAAGUCUGCACCAGCGGGGACAUGUAUAGCUAUGGAAUCUUAAUGUUAGAGAUGUUGGCAGGAAAAAAACCGGUUGAUCCAAUAUUUGAACAAGGGCUAAACCUGCAUUCUUAUGCUAGGAAAGCUUUGGCUGAUGGUUUUGUGCUUCAGAUUGUGGAUCCGAUGCUUCUAAAUGAUGAUGUCAUUGUCAACCAAGCGUGUUUGAUUUCAUUGGUGAAAAUCGGAGUGCAAUGUUCUUCUGAGUCUCCACAAAAUCGAUUGCAUAUUGGGACUGUUAUUCAUGAGCUGCAUGCCCUCGCUAAUGCUUAAAACCAGCUACCCUAACUAGUUCAACCUUCACUGCACUGGUGCCACCUAAAACGGUUUAGCUAGUGUCAUGUCAUAUGUGUUAUAACUUUUGUUGGCAUCGAUUGUGUUAAAUUUGUGUUAUUGUAAUCAUACUCAUAAUGGUGCGAAUGUAGAUACACAGGGUGGUGGGUUUAA